AUGGAGAGUAGAUAUGCAGCAGAAAAACAAAAGUUGGACAAUUUGGAAACAAAAGUAUUCAAGAAGAUGUUUCAGUGUUUCAGGAGCACAUCACUUAUUGGAACUACAAUGCUUAUUGGUAGCAUGCUACCCCCGUCUUCCAUGGAUGGCAUCACUCAAUCUGUUCUGUCCCUCUUAAACGAGAAGGUAGUGGAUGAAUGCGUUAUGGAACCCUACUUGGAAGCCACGGCUCAGUGGAAGAUUGAGUAUCUAUUCGAAAUCAUUAAUUCUGGGUUAUCCAUACUGCAAACGCAUAUCAGUGCACCAGAACAUUCACCACCAUCUAAGAAAAAGAAAUCUCCAGAACUACCUCCAGUAGAUCGACUACGAAAAGCUCUUCGGUAUCUCAGAUACUUGUUGCGGAGCUAUUCAACAAAUCAGAUGAUAACUUGUAGUUAUUUAUAUCAAUUAGAGCAGUUCUAUAAGAAGCUUUCCAUGAUCCGACACGUCGUCGAUCUCAGAUUAGGGCGAGAAGUCAUUGAUGUUGGUAUUCCAGACGAUCUCAUUGUAGAAGCAUUUGAGAUGAAGCAGACUCUUGCCGCUGUGCUGAUCAACUGCAAGGAUCGUGGCGAAGACGACAUAGACCAUUCUACCAGAUUUAUAGUGGAUAUGUGUGAUGAACUGGCUUGGUUCGAAUUAGAUGUCUUAUCCAAUUUGGCUGCUCUCUAUUCUGAUGAGAUCGUUUCAUUUUUGAUUCGACUCAGUGAGACAGUUUUACGUUGUAUUGGGCUUACAAUGGCUGCAUGGGACUUUUCAACAGCAUCAAAAACUUCUUCUGUUUCUGAGUCGCCCGUAGAUAUAUAUUCUUCUGAAUAUGGAUACUACCCAAACAUCUCCAGCAGAGUUGUUUUGGCAUUCUGCAGCAGCAGUACUCCCGCAGCAUUGUUCCCACCGGUCUUGAUUGCAACCAGACAACUUCUUGAAGAUGGGUGUGCAAUUUUCUCAAAUCUCUUAUCUGUUCUGGACUAUAUUCCUAAAUGGAUAAUGACUUGCACAAAGAACGGUGAUGUUUUAGAAGAAAAAGAAGCUGGCGAUGCGUAUCUUGCAUUAUGGCGAGCGUUCUUGGAUAACGAGGAGUACACAGAUGUAAUGUUGGACAAGUCAAUUAAUAUCUGCGCUGUUCAUCUUCUUAACUACCUCACUCAAUUAAAUGAGGAUAACCACGACGUUCAAGAUCCACGAUUGCACGAUUUUGAAGUUACUCUGCCUAUCUCGCUCAUCCUUCACCGAGUUGUAUUCAAGAACAAAGUGUUAAUUACCAAGUUCAUGGAGAGAGUGGGAGGACUUUCAUGUAGUGAUCUGUUGUACUCAGACGACUUAGACGGCGACACUUGCUUACUACGAUUAGGGAGUUGCGCACAACUUGCCAUCCUUUGUGACUUGACUUCCCAAGGAAUUCGACGUGUUGGCAACAGCACUUCAACGGUCUGUCGCACCAGCAGAAGUGUAAUGGAUCUUCUGGCCAUUUUGAGAGAACGCGUGGAGAAUGUGGCAAAAAGCAAUCCACCGAAGGAUAAUAUGGUGUUGUCGCAAUUACGAGAAAUGUUCGAGUGA